AUGCAUAUUCCCAGCUUGAGAAUCCAACAAAUAUGUCUCGGAAAAAGUACUCAGGAGGCAGUGAAAACGCCAGCCGAGGUGGGACAUCUCGCGAGCAUGCGAGAUUGCGAGACAUACAGGACAAGGAUGCUACAAUCCAUACCACCUUCAAUAUGGCCUGAAGGCUCUGUCACAUCAUACUCUCACCCAAUGCUGGUCAGUGCUGGCAAUCACAUUAAUCAGAUCAAAGACCUUCAAGAGGCACUUACUGCAGCAAUCGUGAGCAUUGUUGAGCGAUGGUGGGAACCUAAGGCAAAUUUUCCGAGCCGGAUGCCGCUUGAGCCCUACGAAGAGGAUCUUCUGAUAUGGAUGGCAAAACUGCCAAUGGGAAUGAUUCCCCCAUUUCAUCAGUGUCUAGGAUCCUGGAGGCCCGACUUUCUAAUUGAAAAUGUGCCAAAUCAUUCCAAUCCUUAUGAGAGUUGCGUGAGAUUUCGCAUUUGCGAGAUCAAUGCUCGUUUCUGUUGGAAUGGAUUCCUACAUACUGCUUAUGGUCAACAGGCUUUCCAUGAUAUGGGUGCUGGGGAAAAUGGGUUCCAGGGAGCUGCACACUGCGAAGAAGUUAGUUUGACAGAAUCAAUCCUCUCAUCGCUACCCGCGAAUAUUCUCACUGGGAUAUUCAGUCUAUUCGAUACAUCCAAGACUCUUCAUUUUCUUAAGGGGAAAGAGGAAGGGAUCGACAUUGGAAUGUUGGCAUGGCUUGUGGAGCAGCGGACGGGCAUAUCUCCUCGAUUCAUCAGACCAGAAGACCUGCGCUUAGUUCCCUCUAUGAGAGGGCAUCUCGGUCAAACACUGUGUUGUGUGAUAUCCGACGAUGCAAAAGCGCCAACAACAUCAUCUAUAUUCCAUUCAAAUGGGGAGCGACUGGAGGAAAUUCACCAAGUGAAUAUUGAACUUCACCAAAGUGAGCUGCGUGCGAUGCCGACUGAUAUUCUCCGUCACCUUUCAUUGCGGUGUUUCAAUGACAUGCGCACUAUUUUUCUUGUUCAUGAUAAGCGAAUGUUAGGACUUGUUCUUCAGGAGCUGGAUUCACUUGUUUAUCAACAGAAAGUCCUAACGCCAGCCCAAGCCGAGAUUCUCCGAGAGGGCAUUUCGCCGACCUUCCUACCCGGCUCAGCCGAGUUGAAUCAGUUGAUCACAAUCUCUCGCAUAUUUCCAAAUAUCAGAAAUCGAUUCAUUCUGAAACCAAUCAGGAGUGGGAAGGGUGCGGGAAUACUCUUCGGUGAUGAACUAUCCCCGGAAGAUUGGCAAGAAAAGAUACAAGGUUGCCGUUGCCCAGUGAUCUCACCAAAUAGUACCUCAUAUAUCGUUCAGCGGAGUAUUCCGCAGCCUGUAUAUGAUGUGGUUUCAGGGGAAAACUGCAAGAGUAAGCCGGCCCGUCUGGUGGGCACUUAUUUCGUCAUAAACGGUCGGUACUGUGGUCUAGGAUUAUGGCGUGCCAGUCGAGCUCGCAUCUGCGCCGUUUCUCAGGGGGCAUCUUGGAUGUGUUCUGUUUUCCAGAACUCAAAGGAGAUUGAACAAAGCUUCAUAUGA